AUGGGAGACCCAAUCCAGUUAAAAGAUGAGGGAAACAAACACUUCCAGGCAGGAGAAAUCGAAAAUGCCAUUGAGUGCUACACUAAAGCCAUUAAGGGAUGCAAGGACAAAAAAGUGCUUGCUGUCAUCUACAGGAACAGAUCUGCAUGCUACCUAAAGAAGGAAAACUAUGCUAACGCAGCGUCCGAUGCAUCUAAAGCCAUUGAUGUGGACGCAGCAGAUAUUAAAGCCUUGUACCGGCGUUGCCAAGCUCUGGAGAAAUUAGGAAAACUUGACAUGGCUUUCAAAGAUGUGCAGAGAUGUGCCACCAUCGAACCAAAGAACCAGACAUUCCUGGAGACUCUCCGCAGGCUGGGAGCAGAAAUCCAGGCCAAGCUCAAGACAACAUUCUCCACAGAUUCAAGAGUGCAGAACAUGUUUGAUAUUCUCCUUGAUGAGGAAAUGGAAAAGGACAAAAGGGAAAAGGCUGCCAACAAUCUGAUUGUGCUGUCAAGAGAGGACGCCGGAGCAGAGAGAAUCUUCCAGAAUAACGGAGUGCCUCUGCUGCUCACCAUGAUAGAGACGGGCAAACAAGAGAUGGUCCUGGCUGCUGUUCGUACUUUGUCAGGAAUGUGCACAGGACACAAAGCUCGGGCCAUGGCCAUAAUUCAGAUGGUGAGCGUCGAUAAGAUGUGCAGCAUUAUGGCUGUCGACAAUGAGGAGAUUGUGCUUGCAACCUGCAACCUCUUCCAGUGCAUCAACGACUCCCUCACUGGUGAAGAUAAAAAGGAUUAUGGCAAAGAAGAGGCCUUGGUUCUGGAUGCAUCCAAAGACUUGAAAAACAUUCUCCUCGCUCUGGUGGAGAUGGUUGGUAGUAAGAAGGUUUCUGGCCAUGGCAGAGACCAGGCACUGAAUCUCCUGAGCAAGAAUGUACCUCGCACUGUAAAGAAAUCCAAAGACAACUCCAAGGCCCUCUUCACUAUUGAUCACGGUCUGAAGAAGAUCCUCAAGGUGUGUGGUCAGGUUUCUGAACUGCCCGACCAGCUGCCCAUGACGGAGAACACACAGCUGAUCGCCAGCGUGCUGCUCACCAGGCUCUACGACGAGCUCUCAUGUGACCCUGAGAGAGACAACUUCAGGGAGAUUUGCAAUGAAUAUAUCAAUUCCAAAAUUGAUCCCAACGACAUGGACAGGACAAUCCAUGCUAUCAACGUCAUCUCAGGCCUGCUUCAGGGUCCCUUUGAUGUCGGUAACGCCCUUGUUGGACGACAAGGUAUAAUGGAGAUGAUGGUGGCACUGUGUGCCUCUGAACGUGAGGUGGACCAGAUGGUUGCUGUGGAGGCGCUGAUCCACUCCGCCUCCAAGAUGAGCCGUGCUUCCUUCAUCAUCACCAACGGCGUGUCCCUUCUCAAGGACCUCUACAAGAAGACCAAGAAUGAGAAGAUUAAAAUCCGUUCUCUGGUGGGUCUGUGUAAACUGGGUUCAGCUGGAGGAGAUGACUACAGUUUAAGGCAGUUUGCUGAGGGCUCCACAGAGAAACUGGCCAAGCAGUGCAGAAAGUGGCUCUGUAAUCCCAAGAUUGAUACCAAAACAAGAAAGUGGGCUAUCGAGGGUCUAGCUUAUCUGACCAAUGAUGCUGACGUGAAAGAUGACUUUGUUGAGGACGAGAUUGCGCUGAAGGCCAUGUUUGACCUGUCAAAGUCUACAGACAAGACAAUCAUCUAUUCAGUAGCUUGCACCCUGGUUAACUGCACCAACUGCUAUGACAAGAAGGAUAUCCUACCUGAGCUGGUUCAACUAGCAAAGUUCUCAAAGCAACAUGUGCCGGAGCAACACCCCAAGGACAAGAAGGACUUUAUUGAUCAGAGAGUGAAAAGGCUCCUGAAGGCUGGCAUCACUUCAGCUCUUGCUGUCAUGGUAAAGGCAGACAACUCCAUCCUGACCGACCAGACCAAGGAGAUGCUGUCAAGAGUUUUCUUGGCUUUGACAGAUGAUCCCAAAGAUCGUGGUACUAUUGUAGCCCAAGGUGGUGGAAAGGCUUUGAUACCACUUGCUCUGGAAGGGACAGAGGCUGGGAAGACAAAGGCCAGCCACGCCAUUGCCAGGAUUGCAGCUAUUUCCAACCCAGAACUUGCUUUCCCUGGUGAGAGGGUGUAUGAGGUGGUGCGGCCUUUAGUCGGCCUCCUUCACACAGACAAAGACGGGAUGCAGAACUAUGAAGCUUUGCGAAGCCUCACCAACUUGGCUGGUUUCAGUGAAAAACUAAGAGUGAAGAUUAUAAAAGAGAAAGCUAUCAGUGACAUUGAAAACUACAUGUUUGAAGAUCAUGACCAGAUCAGACAGGCUGCUACUGAAUGCAUGUGCAACCUAAUUUCAUGUAAAGAGGUCCAAGAGCGUUUUGUGUCCGAUGGCAAUGAUAGACUGAAGCUGCUGGUACUGCUUUGUGGCGAGGAUGACGAGAAUCUUCAGAUCGCUGCAGCUGGAGCUCUCGCCAUGCUCACUGCUGCUCAGAAGAAGACCUGCAACAAAAUAACCCUUGUGACCACGCAGUGGCUUGAGAUCCUGCAGAGGUUGUGUCUCCACACCAACCCCAAUGUACAGCAUCGUGCCCUUGUUAUUGUCUACAACAUGCUCGACUCAGACAACAGUGAGCUGGCCAAGAAGCUGAUGGAGUGUGAGCUGUUGGAAAUCUUGUCAGUGAUUGGCAAGGCAGAGAACAAUCCCAAGAGGCAGCAGGCCAUCGAUGCGGCGCGCACAUGCCUGGUCAAAGCUAUGGAUCUUGGUCUCAUCAAACCGUUCGCGACCCCCUCUUAAAAUGCUUUCUACGAGGAAAAAACCCAACAGUGGACAUUCUUCUUUAUUUCCUUUAAAUACAGACUUGUUUCCAAAUGGUUUUCUCAUUGAAGAAAAAAAAGAAUUCUCCAACCUGGCUCUAAAGAUAAUGUCUCACAAUAUAAAUCACUGUUUUUAUUUGUAAUUUUUUACAGAGGGUGUUUGUUGCGUAGGUAGUAGAAAAUGCACACAUGGUGAUUUCCCCUGACCAUGCAUUUUUUUGUCUUUAUUUGAAGAUUUUAGAAAUGUAUUAUUUCUAUUUAUGUUGAACUGUAACUGUGAAUGAAUGAUUAAAUACUGAGCAGUUCA